CCUCUUGCUGUUCCUCCACAGGCUGGUCGGCAAACGCCUUCUUCCUGUUCUUUCCUUAGUCUUCUAUCUAGCCUCCUGAGAUAGGGUAGAUACAUUCUAGAGAAAGAAAGAAAAAAAAAAAAAAGUGAGAAUGCUAAGGUUGCCACUCUCACUUCCUCUCACCCUUAGCCCAGAACAUUUUUUAAUAUAGUUCUUUCAGAGGGGCACCCGCCCAGAGAGAAGAGGCCGGUGCCCCAGGGACUCUGCCUUGCCAACGGCUACAGUUAGUUCAUCAUGCUUUCUCACGGCCUCGGCUGGUUGCAGAAAAUGCCAGGAUGAUGCCUUCUUUCUGCCUGGCUGGGACACUGAUGAUGGCAUUGUUCCUCUCCUCCCUGAGACCUGAAAGCUUGGAUCCCUGUGUGGAGGUAUAGAAUUUUCUAUCAUUCACUCAUGCAACAAAUAGCUAAUGGGCAUUGACAGGUCACCUUGCAACUUUCUGAGCCUUGGAGACAAUGUACCAAACAAAAUCAUCAGAGCAUCAAAGCUCAUAAUCCAGUUCAUCAAAUGAACGACAUUUGGAAAAUAAUUAUAUAAGCAACACAAAGUUGCUCUGUGAUUGAAACCUAUGAAGGAAAUAAAAGAGGGCAAGUGAAGAAUUUCUUCCUGACACCUUAUUCUAUUAGAAGCACUCUCUUUAAGGAUACUAUGGUGGAUUCUAACACUAGCUACCAAUGCAUGGAUCGGAAUCUCAACAAAAUCCCUGACAACAUCCCUUCUUCAGUCAAGCAUUUAGAUCUGAGCUUCAACCCCCUGAAGACCUUAGGAAGCCAUAGCUUCUUUAAUUUUCCAGAACUCAAGUUGCUGGAUUUAUCCAGGUGUGAAAUUGAGACAAUUGAAGACAAGGCAUAUCAGGGUCUACACCAGCUCACAACCUUGAUACUGACAGGAAACCCUAUCCAGAAUUUAUCCAAGGGAACUUUUUCUGGACUAGCAAAUUUACAGAAUCUGGUGGCUGUGGAGAUAAAACUGGCUUCUCUGGACAGCCUACCUAUUGGACACCUUGUAACUUUAAAGAAACUCAAUGUGGCUCACAAUCUUAUACAUUCCUUCAAGCUUCCUGAAUAUUUUUCCAAUCUGACCAACCUAGAACACUUAGACCUUUCUAAUAACUAUAUCCAAACAAUUUACUACACAGAUUUACAGACUUUACGUGAAAAUCCCCAGCUCAAUCUUUCUUUAGAGCUGUCUUUGAACCCAAUUGACUUUAUUCAACCUGGAGCCUUUCAAGGAAUUAGGCUCCAUGAACUGACUCUAAGAAGUAAUUUUAAUAGCACAAAUGUAAUGAAAACUUGCAUUCAUAACCUGGAUGGUUUACAAGUGCAUCGGCUGAUCUUGGGAGAAUUUAAAAAUGAAAGGAAUGUAGAAAGGUUUGACCGCUAUGUCAUAGAAGGACUGUGUAAGGUGACCAUUGAGGAGUUCCGGUUCACAUAUGCAAAUGAGUUUUCAGAAGAUAUCACUGAUUUUGAUUGCUUGGCAAAUGUUUCUGCAAUGUCUCUGGCAAAUGUGUAUCUAAAGCGCCUAGAAGACAUUCCUAAAUAUUUCAAAUGGCAAACCUUAGCAGUCAUUAGAUGUGAACUUAAGCAAUUUCCACCUCUGGAACUCCCCUUUCUUAAAAGGUUGAUUUUUAUUACCAACAAAGGGGCUACCAGUUUUCCAGAAGUGAAUCUGCCAAGCCUUACAUUUCUAGAUCUCAGUGGAAAUGGUAUGAGCUUUAGGGGUUGCUGUUCUUACACUGAUUUGGGAGCAAGAAGCCUGAAACACUUAGACCUCAGCUUCAAUGGUGUCAUCAGCAUGAGUGAAAACUUCAUGGGUUUAGAACAGCUGGAAUACUUGGAUUUUCAGCAUUCCACUUUAAAAAAGGCCACUGAAUUUUCAAUGUUCUUACCCCUUGAAAAACUGCUCUAUCUUGACAUCUCUUAUACUAACACCAAAAUUGAUUUCAAUGGCAUAUUUUUUGGCUUGACCAGUCUCAACACCUUAAAAAUGGCUGGCAAUUCUUUCAAAGACAACAUCCUUUCAAAUGUCUUUACAAAUACUACAAACUUGACAUUCCUGGAUAUUUCUAAAUGCCAGUUACAACAAGUAUCUUGGGGGGUGUUUGACACUCUCCAUAGACUUGAGUUACUAAAUAUGAGUCACAACAAUCUACUGCUUUUGGAUCUAUUCCAUUAUAAACAGCUGCAUUCCCUCAAGACUCUUGAUUGCAGUUUCAAUCACAUAGAGACCUCCAAAGGAAUAAUGCAACAUUUCCCAAAGAGUCUAGCCUUCUUAAAUCUUACUAAUAAUCCCUUUGCCUGUAUAUGUGAACAUCAGAACUUCCUGCAGUGGGUCAAGGACCAGAGGUUGUUCUUAGUGAAGACUGAACAAAUGACAUGUGCAACACCUGUAGAGAUGAAGGACUCCCUGGUGCUGGACUUUAGGAAUGCCACCUGUUAUGUGCAGAAGACCAUCAUCAGUGUGUCGGUGAUCAGUGUGCUUGUGGUAUCCACUAUAGCAUUUCUGGUCUACAAAUUCUAUUUCCAUCUGAUACUUAUUGCUGGAUGUAAAAAGUACAGCAGAGGAGAAAGCAUCUAUGAUGCCUUUGUCAUCUACUCCAGCCAGGAUGAGGACUGGGUGAGAAAUGAGUUGGUAAAGAAUUUAGAAGAAGGAGUGCCCCCCUUUCAGCUGUGCCUCCACUACAGAGACUUUAUUCCUGGUGUGGCCAUCGCUGCCAACAUCAUCCAGGAAGGCUUCCACAAGAGCCGGAAGGUUAUUGUUGUGGUGUCUAGACACUUUAUUCAGAGUCGCUGGUGUAUCUUUGAAUAUGAGAUUGCUCAGACAUGGCAGUUUCUGAGCAGCCACUCUGGCAUUAUCUUCAUUGUCCUGGAGAAGGUGGAGAAGUCCCUGCUGAAGCAACAAGUGGAGCUGUAUCGACUUCUCAGCAGGAACACCUACCUAGAGUGGGAGGACAAUGCUCUGGGGAGGCACAUCUUCUGGAGAAGGCUCAAAAAAGCUCUGUUGGAUGGAAGAGCCUGGAAUCCAGAGGGAGCAACAGAGGCAGAAAACAAUCAACAAGAAACAACAACUUCCAUCUGAGGAGGACAAAACAUCUUGGUCUAAUACUCAUUCUGUUUACAAGUAUUAAAUAUUACAGCUCACCAUGGAUUAUGUUGUAGACAAGGGUCCCAUGGUGCACAAGGUACCAAAAGGCUGGUAAACUAAUGGACCUUACAAAGCAGAAAGUGAUAAUAUUAUGCUGAAACUCCAUGCCUUCCAGGGGUGCUCUUUCACCAACUCAGGCAAAGAAUCAUAACCAAGAAAGUCAGCUCCUACUGUAUCAAGCUGAAGGAAAAGAGGCUAAGCCCCAGUGAGACCAAAAAGGAGCAUUAGUUAUCCCUUGGCCUUUUGAGUCUAUAUAAUAUAUCAUGUACUAUGUUUCAACUACCAACUGAACUGAAUGUUUAUUUACUUUCCCUUCUUACUACUUAAUGCAAUUUAAAUUCCACUGGCUCUCUUUGUGUGUUUGAUUCCAAGUUCAUGUUCCAUUAUAUGUCAUUUUCUUUUUUACCUAUUUCUUUAGGAAACCUGAUUAAUACAUGCUCAUGGACAUCCUGGCCAAUACUUAGUAUGCUGUAUUUAUUAAAUAAAAAUUCCUAAUAUACUUUUAUUUUUAUAAA